GGUUUUUCCGUCGGUUUCGUCUUAACUCGGACCGCGACAUUUUCACACUGGGAAAAAAAUCAAAGAAUAGACAGACUGAUACGACUCCUUCAGGUGAGAACGCGUCGAUCCUCAUCAUCAAAACGCUAACCCCGGCCUCCCAAUUUCAACUCUUCUUCUCUUCUUCCUCCAAAAUUCUUCUUUUCUUUUCCUUCCUAGGGUUCUAGUAUGUCCUUUGGAAGUUCAAAGUUGUGAUUUCUGCUCUGUAGUUGAUUCAACUUUGAUUCUUGAAAUGUAUCCGUGUGGGUUCAUUGCCAUGUUUUUUUUGGUGGUUUUGACGUUGAUUUGGGGUCCGCAGAGUAGCUAUGGCUUCGGGAGGGUCGGGUUCGACAUGUACCACCGGUUCUCGGACCCAGUCAGGGAGAUCCUGCCUGCCGACGGCUUGCCGAAGUUCGGUACUCUGGAGUACUACGCUGCCAUGGCCCACCGCGAUUUGAUUUUUCACGGUCGGAGGCUCGCCGGCGAUGGCCAUCCGACGCCUCUCAUUUUCGCCGGUGGGAACGUGACUUACCGAUCCAGUCUCCUGGGACAUUUGCAUUAUGCCAACAUCUCAGUCGGUACACCCAGUUUAUCAUUUCUUGUAGCACUCGACACUGGCAGUGGCUUGUUGUGGUUACCAUGUGAUUGUACCAGUUGUACACGCUCCUUGAAGACAUCAAUUGGAAAUGUAAUUAGCUUUAAUAUUUACAGUCCCAGUGCAUCAUCAACAAGUGUGAACGUUCCAUGCAGCAGUUCCUUCUGUGCGCAGCAAAAGCAAUGCUCUACAGCACGUGAUACUUGUCCUUAUCAAGUUUCUUAUCUUUCGAAUGGUACUUCAUCCACUGGCACCUUGGUGGAGGACGUGUUACACUUGACUUCAUAUGAUCAAUCAAAAGCUGUUGAUGCACUGAUUCCUUUUGGUUGUGGUCGAGUUCAGACUGGUUCAUUUCUAGAGGGUGGAGCUCCCAAUGGUCUCUUUGGGCUUGGCCUCGAUAAUAUUUCUGUACCCAGCAUUUUAGCAAAAGAAGGGCUCACUGCAAAUUCUUUUUCCAUGUGUUUUGGAAGUGAUGGGAUUGGAAGAAUCAUUUUUGGUGAUGAAGGCAGCUCAGACCAGCGAGAAACACCAUUCAACUUUCAUGAUUUAUAUCCAACUUACAAUGUUGGCAUCACUCAGGUGGAUGUUGGGGGAAAUAUCACUAGAACCAGUUUCAGUGCAAUUUUUGACUCUGGUACCUCAUUCUCGUACCUAAAUGACCCGGUUUAUACUUACGUGACAGAUAGUUUUGAUUCCCAAGCUCAAGAAAAGCGGCACCAACUUGAUUCCAAUAUUCCCUUUGAUUAUUGUUACGAUUUGGAUACGAGUAUAGUUGACUUCAGAGCUCCCAGUUUGAUUUUAACAAUGGAAGGUGGAAAACAGUUUAAUGUAACUCAGCCAACAGUAUUGGUAUCUUUAAAUGGUCGAUAUUUAUAUUGUUUAGGUGUUAUCAAAAGUGGGGAUGUGAAUAUCAUUGGACAGAACUUCAUGACGGGAUAUCGUAUUGUUUUUGAUCGGGAAAAAAUGGUACUGGGCUGGAUAGAAUCUAACUGUUAUGAUACUGAGGACUUUGACACCCUCCCUAUCAGUCCUAGAGCUUCAGCUGAAGCCCCUUCUAUUGCUCCUCCUGCUGCAGUCGUUGAUCCCGAAGCAGCAGCGGGAGCUGGCAAUGGUUCCCAUAUUUCGGAGGCUUACCCAGACAACCAUUCACCUCUCUUCAACAUUUUUACUUGCGCAUUUAUGCUUGUUUUUCUUUCUUGUCUGGCCAUUUGAUCUUUCUUUUUUCUCAUGCGAGAUCCAUCUUGGUCAUUAUAUAUAUAUAUGACCUUUGAGACUCAGAAAACCACAGAAAAAAGUGAAGCUGUUGUAGGCUCCCAAUUCUUUUGCUGUCUGCAAAAUUAUUUGAGGUUGGGCUGUAAAUAUGUUUGAUCACAGGAAAAAUAGGAUAGCCUUCACCAUAGCUGACUACUAAAAAUUUUAAUGAUUCUCUCUCUCUCUCUCUCUCUCUCUCUCUCUCUCUCUCUCUCUCUCUCAUUUUCAAAGGAUUAGUAUUUGUUUACUAUUAAAAUUCAGGCUUCUUUGAAUAUAUUGUAUAACUUUAAUAUGGCA